CCAUGUCAUUCGCAGCCGCAUUCCGAUCCAUUGCAGCGAAAGCGUUGAGGUUUGCCAAAAGUUCUCUGCAGGUGGGAGAUGGAGCAAGGAGAAGGAAAUCUCCAACGGCUUUUGAAAUGGGCAUCAGAAAUUGGAAUAUCAGAGUCAACCAGUUGCCAAGCUUCGUGUUUGGGCCACUCUCUCGCCGUCUCCUUCUUUCCUGAUUCCGGCGGAAGAGGUCUGGGUGCUGCUCGUGAUCUUACAGAAGGAGAGUUGAUUCUCAAAGUUCCAAAGUCCGCUUUGAUGACAAGCACAAGUCUUGCAAUGAAGGAUGACAAACUCUCUCGUGCUCUCAAUGCUCAUCACUCUCUCUCCCCUACCCAGAUAUUGGCUGUUUGUUUACUAUAUGAAAUGGGGAAAGGGAAGAGUUCAUGGUGGCACCCUUACCUGGUGAAUUUGCCGCACAGCUACGACAUUCUAGCAACUUUUGGUGAAUUUGAGAAGCAAGCUCUGCAAGUGGAUGAUGCUAUAUGGGCUGCUGAAAAGGCCACAUUGAAGGCUGAGGAUGAUUGGAAAGAAGCUAAUGCGCUCAUGGAACAACUUAAGCUCAAGCCUCAACUUCGGACAUUUCAGGCAUGGCUUUGGGCUUCCGCAACUAUAUCCUCAAGGACGUUGCAUAUACCAUGGGAUGCAGCUGGGUGCUUAUGUCCUGUUGGAGACUUAUUUAAUUAUUCUGCACCUGGAGAAGAGCCUUCGGCUUGUGAAAGUAUGGAGCAUGCAACGCUUGACUUGGUGAAUGAUGAUAGUUCUGGUACACUGGACGUGGACGUUUCUGAUUCACGAAGAUUAACUGACGGAGGGUUUGAGAAGGAUAUUGACGCCUAUUGCUUCUAUGCUAAGAAAAGCUACAAAAAAGGGGAGCAGGCCCUUUUAAGCUACGGAACAUACACGAAUCUGGAGCUUCUUGAGCACUAUGGCUUUCUCUUAAAUGGAAACCCAAAUGACAAAGUUUUUAUUCCCUUGGAACCUGAAAUAUAUUCGUCCUGUUCAUGGCCUAAAGAGUCAUUGUAUAUACAUCAGAGCGGGAAACCAUCUUUUGCUCUACUGUCUGCCUUGCGAUUAUGGGCGACCCCACAGAACCAGCGAAGGUCUGUUGGACACCUUGUUUAUUCAGGACUCCAACUCUCAAUUCAAAAUGAGAUGUAUGUCAUGACAUGGACAUCGAAGAAGUGCAACACUAUUUUGAAGAGUCUGCCGACAUCUUUUGAAGAUGAUCGUUUGUUAUCAAGUGCCAUUGACAAAAUCCAAAAUCUCGAGUCCCCUUUGGAGCUCAAUCAUUUGUCAUCCACUUGUAGAGAUGAGAUUUGUGCCUUCAAAUCUAAUGUUGCGCAGAAGGGAGAAAGAAGCAGUAUGCAGUCAAGGGAGAGGUGGAGAUUAGCUGUGGAGUGGAGGUUCAGUUAUAAGAAGAUCCUGGUUGAUUGCAUUUCUUAUUGUGAUGAAACUUGUCAAAUAAGUACUGUGAUAUGGGAAGGCUCUAGAGUUCGGUUUCUCAUCUUAUUGAGGACCGAAAAGUUGAAGGCGAAGAUGGGGAUGGAAAAAUGGGCUUGUUAAUCCAUUUUAAUUCUCACUCUUGUUAAUUCUUUUCCUAUUAAUUUUUUUUAAUUUAUUUCAUCCGACGAUUAAAAAUUAGAAAAAUAUGUGAUUACAAUGCUACCAUUUAUUUUGAAAGACUAAAAUUUUACAUAUUGUUUCCGAUAUGAUUGACAUCCACAUUGCAGUCUUCAUGAUUGCAACCAAAUCAAACCCAUCAAAAGGUCCAUAGGAAGAUUAAGAAAACAUAACUAAACCAAAAUACAAUGUCAAACGUUACAACCCAAACUCCAAAAACAAGAUUGAUAUUAGUCGAGUUUUGGACAAAAACUGGACAAAAUCUUAAGAAAAAUUAAAGAAGAUGGAUCAGAUACACCUGGCUUGGUGGUCUCUGUGCAAUACAGAGAUGUAAUUCGCUCAGUUAUUUCAGCUUCGAUCAUUUGGGGAAAUAAUCAUCACUUCCAUCUUUUCUUUUUCUUUUUUCAACAACAAUAUCAUAAAACAAACACUAAAUUCUAAAACAAACAAGAAAUUUAGAAGGAAAAAAUAAAAAAGAUAGUGGAUUUUGGGGAUUUGGGAAAGAUCAGAGUUCUGGCUUGGAAAUUAAAAAUAGCGCAAGUUUGAAUCAGCUUCGAUCAUAUGGGGAAAGUAGCAUCACUUCAAUCCCAAAUCCACCCCCAUAUCAAAAACCCUAAUUUCAA